CGCGACGAAACUGCUACGAAGAUUUGUUUUCUUGGAAGCGAUUAAAAAAAUGUAAACCAAGAAGAAACCGUUGAAUAUUAAACUUCGAGAGAUGUUUCUUACCAUGACCUUUGAAGUUCAAAGUAGCAAAUCAGUUGUCUUCUGCGUACGACUUCAACAGCAGAGAAAUAGGCAAAUCGAAGAUGGACGAGCGCAUACAAGCGAUCUCUUUCGCGAAUUGCUACUUUUCGAUGGUCGAUGGCCUCGUUUCCGGUUUAGAGGAUCAUCUAUCGGAGAACGUGGUUCUGGAUUGGUUCGGCAGGACGGUAAGUGGCAAGAAGAACGUCGCCGCAUUCAUGAACUCGCGCAACCAGGUGAACAGUAGACACGUGUUUAAGAAUAUAGUGCCUAGAUCUGACAUUGGGUACAAAGGAAAAUCGUCGAAACGGAGAAAGAAUUUAGAAGGCGAUACCGUGAGAACUGAAACAUCCUUGGAAACCGACACCGUCAUAGAUUACAAUCAGAACGAGAUUGAUCGAACGAAGAAAAUCGCCGUGAUAGCGAAUGAGGACUGUGACACGUCUUACAAUUUCGACGAGGGCGAUCUCGUCAAUCUUUUCAAGCUGGAGAUAUCGUCGACCAACACUGAGGAGAUCGAGCAGAGCAUUAAUAGGAUAAAAUUGGAAGAGGAAAUGCCACCAGCCGUCAAACCUAUCAAGAGACAGCAUAGUGACGGAGAUGAGCCUGUUAUCGUCAAGAAUGACUUGAAGUACGUCGAAGCUGAUGGUUACGUCGACUUCUCGAGGAAAUUUUGGAAACGAGGCAAAGAUUGGGACCCUCAUUUCUGGGGCAUGUCAAGUAUACAGAAAUGGAGACGACCAUGCAAACUGCAGAUUGCAUACUUCACGUUGACAGAGCACUCGCAAUCGGUCGAAGAGCAACCGCGCAAACAUCAUGCGAUGUGUUUCAGUCAACCGAAAGUGAAAUUGCCCAGUCUAGAAGAGAUCAAUGAAAUCAGUGACAGAUUGGUGCCGAACAAAAACGAUUUUAAUGGUUUCUUGAAGGAAUUCGACUUCUUCAAGGACCGUGUGAAUUUUCUAGCGCGCCUGGACACGGAGUUGCUGACUAAAGAUCCUUUAUCCAUCGUUCCUCAGUAUGUGGAGAACAAGCUCGUGUUCAACAAGCGUGACAACAAGAACGACAAGAAUGAUCGGAACGAGAGGAAGUUCGUUUCCAAUUAUCAGAUUUAUCUGAUUAUAUACGAGAGCACUAAUCGAAUUAGAUCGAACCUUCUUCAGAAGUUGGAAGAUAACAAAGUAACGCAAAUGGAAACACCGGAAACGGAGGAUCAACCUAAUCAGAAAACAGAUUAACGUUCGCCUUUCGUUUACUCGCACAGGAAAUACGCUUCCUGAGGUAUUCUCGCGCAAUGUCAAGGCCAUAUUAUUUUUGAAAAUCGUUUCACUGCAGAACGAUCAGUUUUUUGAUCGCGCGUUUUGUUACAGAUUUUGCAGGCCUACUUCUACGAUUGCAUUUUUUUUACGUUUUAGUUUCACGGUCAUGUGUGUCGUAUGAUCUCAUGUUCUGAUAGCCGAGCGGUGUUUGAACAAUGUAAUCGCUACACGUUGUUCCGAUUAAUAUUUACCGCGGCUGUUCAUUUAUUUUCCGCUGUUUGUUCGUUAAACAGCAAGGAGCUGUUGCGGGCUGGCUCAGCAUCGGCUAAAGAAAAUCAAAUUACGCGAGCGAUAUUAUUCAUAAUUGAAUUGAAUAAAGGUAUUUUUCUUAGACCAU